UACUGCAUAACCCUAGUUUCUGAUAGACCACAAAAAAAUCCGAUUUGAAUCAGCCCUGGGCUCAUAAAUUCGUUACUAGUAUUUCUUUUGUUGCAAUUUUUAGUGUUAAUUCACGACACAAAGUCUCCAUCACUCCAAAAAGUUGCAAACUUGCAACUCUUUUGAAGAAAAAUGGCUUUCUGGAUUAGAACUAAUCAGUCAAAGCUCAUUUUUUUGUCAAAACAGUUGAAGAUAUACUACCUUCAAAUCCCAUAUGAUUCUUCACUUAAAUACACUGCUACUAGCUCAAGAUCACGUGUUUUAGAGAAUCCAGUUUGGGAUUUUAUUAAAAAGCACUCUGAAUUUUGCAACAAUGUCAGGUUUUUUGCUGCCCCAGUUCAGGCCAAAGUGAACAAGGAAGAGAAGACUUUGAGUGGGCCAAGAUUAAAUGAGAAAAUCACUGCGCCGGUUGUUAGGCUUGUGGGUGAUGAAGGGCAUAGUGUUCUCUCAUUGCGUGAAGCACUAGAACGAGCAAAAAGACUUGAACUUGAUUUAGUUGAGGUUCAAAGAAAUGCCAAUCCACCUGUCUGUAAACUCUUGAACUUUAACCGAGAGAAGUACAAAAAAGAACUGAAGGAAAAGGAACGUUCUAAAAGCAAGGCAGGGGAAACUCUGCGCAAAGGAGAUCACAAGGAAGUUCGAUUUGCUGCAAAAACUGAACAAAGAGACUUGGAAAUGAAAGCUGAUAUGGCCAAACGACUGAUGGAACGUGGCUAUAGGGUGAAGUGUUUGGUAAUUGGUAGUCGAAAAAAGCGUUCAAUGCCAAAAGUUCCUAGAGAUGAGGAUCCAGAGACGGACUUUGAUUAUGAAGAGUUUGAGAGAAAGAAAGAAGAGGAGGAGUUGCUAGCACUGUUGUCCCGCUUCAUUUCAUUGAUUGAAGAUGUGUCUAUUGUGGAUAGUGGACCAAAGGCAGGAAGAAAAAUGGCAUAUGCGAUAGUUAGGCAUGUCAAGUUCGGCUCAUCGAAGAAAGGUGGUGGUAAAAAGGACGAGUUAGCCAAUGCGCGGCCAACAGACAGUCGAUCUGCUCCUCCCAAGAGCCCUGCGAUGUCUAAGGAAGAGCCUGCAGAAUUUUACAUGGAAACUGAAGAUGAGUCAGUCGAUGAUUUUGACAAUGUGUUUGAUUUCAGCAAUGAUGCAAAGAGUCCUAGUAUAAAUCAUUCAGAGGGAAGUAAUUCUGUUACAGAACCAGCUACCUCCAAUGUAGAGUUUAAUGUUCCGAAGUUCUCUCAUCCAAGAUCAGCACAUGAUGUAAGGAAUGCAAGACUUCCUUCGGCCCUACCAGAGCCUUCCCCGGGGAAGGAAAAUAGGUAUAGAAGAAGUGAACCGGGGAAUCAGUUCCUACAAACAUCAAUGGAUAAUAAAGGCCCAGGUAAGCAGGACUCAUUCAAGUUUGAACCACAGCUGUUGAACCAAAGAAGGCAACCACAACCACAGAUGAAUGCCACUCCAUCAAUGGGAGAAAGGAAGCAGGUUAGCCCUGAUUUUUCUGCUUCUAGAAACUCAAAGCCUCCUCAUGAAACACCCAAGCAAGUUGCUUCUUCUCCAGAGACUGCAAAACCUGCAUCUAGCUAUGGAAUAUUUAGCUCUGCAAAAGCUGUUAUUCCCGGGAAACAAGGCUCUGUAGCAGACGAUUCAGCUGGAAAUUCUAGCCUCCCAGGUUCAAAAUCAGAUGGUGGCGUUGAUCAGGGUGGACAGAAGGGAUUUGGGAUUUUCAGUCGAGGCAGGCCAAAUUGAAUAUCUAAGCCAAACUAGGCUGCAGAAAUGACCGCAUGCUACCAACCAUUUUUGUGAAAACAUCAACCCAUUUGCCUUGAGGACUGCAAAAUUUUUCAUGUAUUUUCGGAACUGUUACAUAAACCUUACCAGAGAGAAUAAUGCAAGGCGACAUUGAUUUUUCUUUCCCGAA